GUAUCUUGCUGUACAUAUCCAUGUGAACGUGCGAGGCCAGGAAAGAUGGCGGUUUGUGCGUUACGCCGAGGUUUGCUGAGCACUGUCAGUAAAUACAACAAGAAACACACACAGAGAAUACUGAGUGCCAUUGACACCACCAGCAGGUUUGAGGUGUACAGACUGCGAUUACUAUGCCGAGCCUGCGGACUGUCCGCCGGCGGCCAGCAGAGGAGGUUAAUGUCGUCACGGAACAGGGCUGAAGGGAAGAUUUUGGAGACAGUGGGAGUGUUUGAGGCUGUGAAGCAACAUGGCAAAUAUGAAACCGGGCAGCUGUUUCUCCACAGUGUGUUUGGCUACAGAGGCAUUGUCUUGUUUCCCUGGCAUGCCCGACUUUAUGACAGAGACAUCACCCCUCCUAUGUCUGACAGUAAACCUGAGCCCCCAGGAGCACAUGGGUCCAAGGAGGUGAAGGGGAAGACUCACACCUACUACCAAGUCCUGAUUGACACCAGGGACUGUCCUCACAUAUCUCAGAGAUCCCAAACAGAGGCAGUGACGUUUCUGGCCAACCAUGAUGACAGCAGAGCCCUGUACGCCAUCCCAGGUUUGGACUAUGUGAGCCAUGAAGACAUUCUGCCCUACAACUCCACAGAGCAGGUCCCCAUCCAGCACGAGCUGUUUGAGCGCUUCCUCAUGUACAACCCUACCAAAACUCCUCCAUUCACAGCCAGAGACACCCUGAAGGCAUGGCAGGAGAAGAACCACCCCUGGCUGGAGCUCUCAGACGUCCACAGGGAAACCACCGAGAGCAUCCGAGUCACUGUCAUCCCCUUCUACAUGGGCGUGAGGGAGGCCCAGAACUCCCAUGUUUACUGGUGGCGAUACUGUAUCCGUCUGGAGAACAUGGGCAAUGAUGUGGUUCAGCUGAGGGAGAGGCACUGGAGGAUCUUCAGUCUGUCAGGAACACUGGAGACGGUCAGAGGACGAGGGGUCGUAGGCAGGGAGCCAGUGUUGUCUAAAGAGCAGCCGGCCUUCCAGUACAGCAGCCAUGUGUCUCUACAAGCCCCCAGUGGUCAUAUGUGGGGGACAUUUCGUAUUGAAAGGACUGAUGGCUCCCACUUUGAUGUUCGCAUUCCUCCUUUCUCCCUGGAGAGCAACAAAGACGACAAAGUGCCUCCCGCUGGCUACACAUUCUGAAAGUAGUCACCUCCGACCUGCAGGCCCCAGACAUGCUCUGUUCUGGAUGUUCCUGGGUUGUCUAGAGUUACCCUUUCUCUGUACCAUUUCUUCAGCCUUCAGCGUAGGACUAGCAUGAGUCAGGUUAUGCAAACAGAAAAUACAGUGUUUUCUAGAGCAUCCAAAUGCAGGCCCACCCAUCCCUUCUUUCUGUCAGAGUGCAGUCGGCAGUGUUAUGUCAUACAAGGUAGCAAAUCAAUACAUCUUCAUUCCUCUUGUGUUUGAAGAAACAUGCACCAGGGAGGGAAGUUACUGUUGCCAGGCAGAGCUGGACAUGUUCCUGAUCCAACAGCUAAAUAUUUACCAGGUGGUUUUUCUGGUGGGAGUACUU